AUGAACUAUCCUCAAAAGAAUCAGCAAAUUCAAGGAAAUAUGCAAUACGAUCCUAAAAAUAGGAUGUAUGCUUCUCAACAAAUGUAUUUAGAUAUGCAUACUGCGCAAAUUCCAUAUCAAAAUUCAUAUAAAAGCCCUCACAGCAGUAAAGUAGCAAUUUUGCAAACACCUCAGAUGAUGAUGACUCCACAACAACAAUUAAAUCAAAACCUCGUCAAUCAAAUUCCAUUUCAAACUUUAAAUGCUCAGCAGCAAGCCUAUAUAUCACAAGCUAUCCUCAGCCAACAGUCUAUGAUGCAAGCAAAUCCAUUAACUUCUCAAACACCCCCACAAUUAAUUCCUCAACAAAAUUUGGCCGCACAGCAAUCAACAUUAUUAGCAAUUCAACCACAAUAUCAAACGACAAGAGGAUAUGAUCAUACAAAACG